AUGUUGCAGGGCAAGUUGCAGCAGCUGCGCAGUCUUCCAGCUGGUCCGGGCUCCCUGGAGCAGCUGGAAUGCCUCCUUCGUGAGCAUGACCUGCAAGAGCCAUGGCUGGCCAUGGACGUCUUGCGGUCCUACCAGAGCAUCUGGCUCAGACUACCUGAAGCCGUCCGAGAUGGCCUGGAUACAAACAUCAACGAACUCCUUGAACGAAUCCAACUUCUUAUGAAACAAAAGUCUUUCCCCUUCCCUGACCUCCUCCCAAGCGAUCCCGUCCGCCCUGCCCUCAUCGACCCGCAAGCGAACCAACAGAUAUCAUAUGCACAACUACGAAGCUUCAUCCAACACUUCGACCUGGGCCUGCCAUGUCCAGCACAGGGAAGGUCAAGGGUUGCAGUCAUGCUUCCCAAUGGCCCAACCCUUGCCCUCGCUGUGAUGGCCAUUGCCAACCGAUAUACCAUGAUCCCCAUGGCGAGGACAGUGGCCCCAGACCAGUUGAAGGCAGACGUUGAGGCCGUCGAAGCAGACGCUAUCCUCAUGCUGGAAGCAGAUGCAUCCAAGGUUCAACUUGAUGCAAAGCUUCCCGUAUUCAUCGUCCAUCCCCAAGCAGACCUAACCUUUACCGUGACCACGACGUGUCCCGUUGCCCGUUCUACACAGCCACCACCGAACAACAGCCCUGACGACGUCGCGGUCCUGCUAUUCACCAGCGGUACGAGUGGCAAGAAGAAGCUCGUCCCUAUCACCGUGUACAAUCUCUUCGCUGGCGCGGUUCUUACAAUGGACAGUGUUGCUCUGACUGAGGCUUCCCGAUGUCUCAACAUGAUGCCCCUUCACCAUAUUGGUGGAAUGGUUCGCAGUCUAUACGCACCCAUGCUGGCAGGAGGCACAACCAUCUGCUGUGCAUCCUUCGACCCAAGUCUCUUCUGGGACGUCGUCGAGAAAUGGAGCCCGACGUGGUACUACGCCACACCCACAAUGCACCAGAUGAUCCUCGCCGAGUCCGAGCACCGUCCUGAUGCACUUCGCCAAAGCCUCAUCAAAUUCAUCAUCAAUGCAGGUGGAGGUCUUCCCGCUACACUGGCCGUGCAGCUCCGUGAAGUCUUCCAGUGCGUCGUCAUGCCCAGUUACGGCAUGACCGAGUGCGCCCCUAUCGCCUCGCCACCUACAGACUAUAAACUUGACCGUGAAGGUACCUCUGGUCGUCCAUGUGGUCCUGACGUAGCCAUACUUGGUGAUGGCAAUCCUGGUCAGCGUGUCCCUACUGGGACCACCGGCCGGAUCUGCGUGCGUGGAUUCCCAGUCUUCCCUGGAUACUUGACAGACGAUGGCAUCAACAAGAGCGCCUUUGACGAGGCUGGCUGGUUCGACACGGGCGAUCUGGGACACCUCGACAAGGAUGGAUACCUGUUCAUCACCGGUCGAGGCAAGGAAGUAAUCAACCGCGGUGGUGAGAUUAUAUCGCCGAUUGAAGUCGAGAACGGAAUCCUCUCUGCGGCGCGAGAUCCGACGUCGAUUCUCUAUGGUCGUGUGUCUGAAGCGCUCGCAUUCUCCACGCCCCAUGACGUCCUCCAGGAAGUUGUUGGAGCCGUCAUAGUUACUCCCCCAGGCAUGUCUCGCCCUGAUCUGAGGCAACUUCAUGAGGCACUGGGAGAGCGAUUGCUACAACCCAAGUGGCCAGUCCUGCUGGUCUACAUGGACAACGGCGUGCCAAAGUCGAACAACAAACUGCAGCGGAUUCGACUAAGCCAGAGACUGGGACUGGAGCCUUUAACCGACUCUAUCCCUGCUGCUGAGAGACACCUCGAAGCUAAAUGCCCUCCUCAGGGCACCGGUCUUAACGUGUCUAUCGCGCAUACAAUGUGCCGCAUCGACGGCCAGGAAGCCGAACCUCAUAUCGAGGAGACCUUGGGAAUUUCAGACAUCGCAAUGCGAUACAAUCCCAUUGAUGGAUUCCCCCAGGCGGUCAUCUUCAAUCCCGCUGAGAAGCAGCCCACGGUCGCCACACUUGCACAAGCCCUCCGACCGCGGGUGCAUGGAUACCUGAUCCCCAGCAGCAUCAAGGCUCUUAGCAGCCCAAUCCCCAGAGACGCCGCUGGGUAUGUCGACGACAAGGCCCUGGAAGACGUCGUCCGCAGUAUGAAUGCGUCAGAGUCCGACUCCUCGUCGGCCGAGUACCGCGUGCGACAACUCUUCGCCCAAGCCCUAAACCAGGACGUCGCCGAAGUGACCGCAUCAACCGAUUUCUUCGCUGCUGGCGGCGACAGUCUCAGUGCCGGGCGUCUAAUUUCAGCGCUCCGACGUGAAUUUGAGAUUCGCUUGUCUGGCGAUGUUCUCUUCCUGAACAGCACUGUGGCCGACAUGACAGCCAUUGUGGAAGACGCCUGCGCGAAGAAAAGCCCAGAGGAAGAAAUCAGCGAGAAGGAUCUCCCUGGGUGCCAGGAGACCUGCAGCUCGACGAAUCCAAUUGUCCUCCUUAUCCAACUCAUCCCGAUGAUUAUCUUCUUUCCCAUGCGCGCGGGUCUGCAGUGGACCAUCUUCGUUUUCCUCAUGGGCGAGACAGCGCGUCUGUUCCCCCCUGACAGCCUGCUCAUCGGGCGUUUGCUGCAUAUCGUGCUUAUUGGACUGGCUUCGCGCUUGGCCAUUAAUGCGGUCGCGCCGGUUCUUGCAAUCAUGUUCAAAUGGGUCCUUAUCGGUCGCUACCGUGCUGGACUGUAUCCCAUGUGGGGGACUUAUCACACACGGUGGUGGUUGACGCAGAAGGCCAUUCGUGUUGCUGGCAGGGGCGUGUUUAACUACUUCGAAUGGACGCGGCGUCUGUACUAUCGCCUACUGGGAGCUCACAUUGGCCGCAACGUGCGCAUCCACGAGUACGCCUCCCUGGGCGAGUACGACCUCAUCCACCUCGAAGACAACGUCGUCGUAGAGAACUGCAUCAUCCGGCCCUUUGCCGUUGAAAGAAACACCUCGAUGCUCCUGCAGCCAAUCCUCAUCGGCAAGGGCUCUGCAAUUGGACUUCGCUCGGUCGUUGCCCCUGGCGCAACCCUUCCCCCAGACACGUAUCUCGGUCCCAACUCGUCCAGCUGGGAGACUCAGGGCGCCGAGGAAGCGAACAAAGACCUCAAUUCGACUUCCAUCCCGAGCCCUCACUGGCUAUUGACAUUGUUCCUGGUUGAACCGCUAGGCCUGCUCGCUGGGUUCGCGUACAGACUGCCCUGGCUCGCUGGACUGGUGCCAAUUGUGCUGCACUACCCCCUGCAGAGCGAGGACAUGCUGCGCGUGAUUGUCUUCUGGUUCACGACACCGACUCGGAUCAUGUACCACAUUCUCGCCCGGAUCUACUACGCCAUCGUCGGUCCGCUCGUGUGGUUCGUUGCCAUUCUGCUCAUCAAGGCAGUGCUGGAUCUCACCUGCGGCCGCGCAAAGACAGGCCCUGCCGACAAGAUGUCGAUGCGCCAGAAGGUGCGCCAGGCUGCCCUGUCCAAGGUCAUCCCCAAUGGCAGUCUCAGCCCCUUGACCCGGUUAAUCGGGAAGCACUACGAGCUGGUCUCGGUUGCGAUUCGCAUGCUAGGAGGUCGCGUUGGAAAGCGCAUCUACUGGCCCAGUGUUGGACCGGGCAUCCAGGACUUCGACCUGGUCGAGGUAGGCAACGACGUGGUCUUUGGAUCCCGAUCGCACCUUGUCACCAGCGAUGGCAGCGGCAGGGAGCGCGUGGUCAUCGCCGACGGAGCCAUGCUGGGUGAUCGCGCGGUCGUUCUUCCUGGCGUCACAAUUGGCGAGAUGGCGAUGGUCGGGUCGGGCUCGCUGCUGCGUCGCAAUGGCUUCUUCCCUCCUGAUACAGUCUGGACGGGCAGCAAGAACGGAAAUGCCAUCCAGUUCCCGACCAUCACGCACCAACACGAGAAGGCCGAGAAGCUGGCGGGGGGCUGGUCGUCCUCGUCAACGCUAUCCCCCGGUGAGAGUGCCUCGUUGCCACGCGACACGACCAGACCGUUCGGACGGGCCUUCUACCAGGGCAUGGCCGACUUCUUCGUCAUCGGAAUCCCCGGAAUCGUGGGCUACUCUACGUUUAUAGCUAUUAUUUCAACUGUCUGGCGUCUGCUUGGUGUCCUCGCUGGUCUUCUCGUGCUCGGCCACACCCUGCGCCAGGACUACCGCGCGUUCGACCGCGAAUGGUGGCAGCCCUUCUCCGUCUACGGCCUCUUCUGCGCCGUCGUGAGCGGAGUCAGCUUCAUCCAGACGAUUAUCGGGGUCGCCUUCGUGAUCGGCGCAAAAUGGGUGGUCAUGGGCCGACGCACUGAAGGCUCCUACCACUGGGACCGCAGCAGCUACAACCAGCGCUGGCAGUUCUUCCUCGCCGUGGAGUCCUUGAUCAAGGACAGCUACCGCGGCAUUGGAGUCCUCCCCAUGCUUAGUGGGACCGCGUACCUCUCAUUCUACUACCGGCUGAUGGGCGCGACUAUCGGCAAGGACACUGCUCUCCUGGCAAACGGAGACCCGAACAUCCUCCUCACAGAGCCGGACAUGGUGACACUCGGCAACAGAGUCGCUGUCGACGAUGCAAGUGUGGUGUGCCACUUGAACACGCGUGGAGAAUUCGAGCUGCAUCCUCUUGUGGUUGGAGAUAGGAGUGUGCUCCGGACGGGGUCCAGAUUGAUGUCUGGCUCGUCAAUGGGCAGUGAUGCCUGCUUGCUGGAACACACCCUGGUCUUGUCUGGAGACCAUGUUGAGGAUAAGAGCGCGAUGCAGGGCUGGCCUGCUGAGCCGUUUUCGGGCAGGAGGAUACAAUAA